GUCGCCAACUACGAUACGACGACGGCCAGCGCUUUCAGUCUGUAUGCUUUCACACUUCAAGCAAGCCACAGUGGCCUACUGUGAUCGUUUAGUUCAAGUGCAACAUUGCAUCAAUCAAGCAAAAUGAUGGAAGUAAAUUUAUUCGUGGCGAUUGCCGUCGGAGGACUUAUCUUGGCGGCAUAUCACUACAUAUCGAAACGGUACACCUACUUUCUGACGAAACCGAUACCAUGUGUCGAACCGUCGUUUCUGCUGGGCAACACCGGUCCCAUGAUUACACGGCGACGGGACAUGGUGAGUCACGUUCGAAUGCUGUACGACUCCUUUCCGGAUGCCAAAAUCAUGGGCUUCUACGAUCUGACCAAGCCGAUCUUUAUGAUCCGUGAUCCGGAAAUGGUGAAGAAGAUUACGGUGAAGGAUUUCGAUCACUUCACCGACCAUACGCCGACGAUGACGGGAACGAGUGAGGAUAUCGACGAUGGUGCCCUGUUUUCCAACUCGCUGUUUGCACUGCGGGGGCAGAAGUGGCGCGACAUGAGGGCAACGUUGAGUCCGGCCUUUACCGGCAGUAAGAUGCGUCACAUGUUCGAACUGGUAGUCGAGUGCGGUAGGUCUAUGGCGGAAUUUUUGCGCUCGGAAGCUGAGGCCGGGAAGCGGUUGGAGUUCGAAAUGAAGGACACUUUUGCGCGGUUUGGAAACGAUGUGAUCGCCACGGUGGCGUUCGGGAUCAAGGUGGAUUCGCUGCGCGAUCGGGAGAACGAUUUCUACAUGCAGGGUAAGCAGUUGCUCAAUUUUCAACGGUGGUCAGUGAUGGUCAAGUUUUUGCUAAUGCGAGCAAUGCCUGCUUUGAUGGAGAAACUGGGGACGGACUUUGUCGAUGCGCAGGCGUCGAAGUACUUCAGAGGGAUGAUCAUGGAAAAUAUGAAACAGAGACAGGCACACGGGAUCGUGAGGAACGAUAUGAUCCACAUGCUGAUGGAAGUUCGAAAGGGUGCGUUGAAGCACGAGAAAGACGAGCAGGAAACGAAGGAUGCUGGAUUUGCGACGGUGGAGGAAUCGCAAGUGGGAAAAUCGGUGCACUCGAGAGUUUGGAAGGACAAUGAGCUGGUCGCGCAGUGUUUCAUCUUCUUCCUAGCUGGGUUCGAUACGUUGUCCACGGGGUUGACGUUUUUGACGUAUGAGCUAACGAUUAAUCCGGAGAUCCAGAAGCGUCUGUACGAAGAAGUGAUGGAAACGGAAAAGUCCCUGGAUGGAAAGCCGCUGACGUACGAGGUGCUUCAGAAGAUGCAGUACAUGGAUAUGGUCGUGUCGGAAAGCCUACGCAAGUGGCCACCGGGUGUGGUUUCCGAUCGCUACUGCACGAAGGACUACCGGUUCGACGACGGUGCCGGUACGAGCUUUGUGAUCGAGAAGGGUAGAAGCAUUUGGAUUCCCGCGAUCGCCAUCCACAACGAUCCGCAGUACUAUCCCAAUCCGGACCGGUUCGAUCCGGAGCGGUUCAGCGAGCAGAACAAAUCGAAGAUCAAUCCGGCAUCGUAUAUACCGUUCGGUUCCGGUCCGAGAAAUUGCAUCGGAUCGCGGCUAGCGCUGAUGGAGAUCAAAUCGAUCGUGUACUAUCUGCUGAUGGAUUUCAGCUUCGAACCGACGGAGAAGACGCAGAUUCCGCUGCGGUUGAGCAAGAAUGGAUUCAUCCUGCAGGGUGAGAAGGGAGUUUGGUUGGAGUUCAAACCAAGGGUGCCAUGACGUGGUGGAAACGGAAAAUCAUUGGUUACUCGGAUGAAGAGAAAUUGAAUUGUAAUGUUUAGGACAAUCGGUAUUCAAUGCAAUAAAUGAAAGCAAUGCAUUGCGUUUAUAACUUAUUCACGCGAAAACAGACAGUCCCUAUACCUACUGCUCUUUUCAGCAUAGUUCGUUAAAACAGCAUGCUGAGAGAAACGCUGUUGAAGGUUUUUUUCCUCCAUGGACUCUUAUGGAUGGGACAA